CAGAUGGUCGACGUGGCAGUUGGCACCAAUCCAAGUUCGCUGAUCCUCGAUUGGAGCACUUCAUCGCUGUCUUUAGGACAAUCGCACUGGAGCACAGGAGACCUGCCUUCCACUCAUACGCUGGUUCCCAACUUGUCUCUCGAACACUUUCCCCACAUACUUGUGGAGGCUUCCGAAGGAGCGGAGGCCGCGGAUUCAGCUGUUUCCGAUCCCAUUGAACCGAUAUCCGAAGUGCCGUUUGUGGAACCCACUAUUGAGAAGCAGUACCCCCCUUUCAAGACACUAGUUUAUCAUCAAUCUGAAGACCAGAACUCUGGUCUGAAGUUUGCCUCCAUUGAAUCCGUUGAAUCCCUUGAAAGAGUGACCUCCACCAGCAAUUCGGAGGAAUAUGACAGGGAGGAACCGCUCAUCACCAAAACGCAAAAGAUCUACAAACAUAGAGCCCCCUUGGUGCCGAGGUAUGAUUCGGAGGACUCGUACGUCAUCGACAAGAGCAUUAUUGAACAGGAUGCGUCCGUGUCCACGGCGACCAUAGGUUAUCCUCAGGCCGACACCGAAUCGCCGGGAUCGUUCAGCGAUUACGAUGCGGAAAGGAGGAAGCUGAGCGAUGUGUGGGUAACGGAAAGUGGCGACUCCAAGGAGUCCUACGACCUGGGCCGCGGCGGCAGACGACUGGGCUCUGGUAUGGUUUUUAUCUACAUGGUGAUACCCCCGGAUGGCGGCUUCGGUUGGGUGAUCAUGGUGCUCUCCUUCCUCGCCCAGCUGAUCGUCGAUGGCCUGAUCUUCACCAUUGGCCUCCUGCUGCCCUAUAUAGCCAGCGAUAUGGGCUAUACAAUGGUAGACGUGCUGUUCGUGGCCAGUGUCCAGAUUGGCUGCUACUUCACGAGCGGAGUCUUUGCUGCCAUUCUGAUAAAUCGUUUUGGUUUCCGCAAGGUGGCCAUCGCCGGUGUCCUGUGCUCCUCGUCCACCAUCAUGGUCUCCAGCUGUAGUGUCAACCUGGCCAUGCUGAUCUGCUUCUAUAGCGUUCUUGGUGGCAUAUUUUUGAGCAUGAUCUGGGCGAGCUCCCAGCUGAUUGUGGGCUACUACUUCGAGCGGUAUCGUCCCAUGGCCACUGGAUUCUCCUGCAGCGGCGGCGGCGUCGGAGUCAUCAUCUUCACAUUCCUCUACGGCUGGCUGGUGCCGAUCAUCGGCUGGCGGAACAUGCUCCGCACGCAGGCGGGCUUCAUUCUGUUGAUCCUGCUGAUGGCCAUCGCCUAUGUGGAGGUGGCUCCCACUCAGGUGGGCCUGUAUCACCAUCCCGACCUGAUGAUGGAGUCCAGUUCGGAGGAGUACUACGGCAACUUCUAUGUGCAGGACUAUAUGCGUCUAUCCACGCAGACGGGCCGCAGUCGGAGUGUCCUUAGCACCUAUGAGCCUAGGCAUCAGAAAAAGCGAGGCUGUGUCAAAUUUUGUCCCUGUUGGAACAAGUGCUGCGAUAAGCGGCAAAAGAAGGAGCAGCAUGAGGAGGAGGAGGACCACAAUCUGCUCAUCCGCCCAGCGCCCAUGGAGCGGGAUGAUCUCUUCUACACCGGACCCGCCGAAUACGAAAAGCCUCACAGCAAAGAGCACCUCGAGGGCAAGGAGAUCUAUCUCUAUACAAAUACCCAGCAGGUAAACUACGGCAUAAAAACAAUUCAUAGAGACGAUGAGGAUCGAUCUACUUCUAGAGUCAAUCAUCGAACUCAGAGAUGGGCCAAAGAGCCCCCGAGUAAACCGAAGAAGGACAGCGUAUUUAUGGCCACCCUGGUCAAGCUCUUCGACUAUCAUCUGCUGAAGAAGUUCGAGUUCCAGGUGCUGGUGGCCGCAGCCUUUCUGUUUCCGAUGGGCUUUAAUAUUCCCUACGUUUACUCGUUUGCCCGUACCACGAUUCCCAGGGAGUACGCGAGAUUCCUUGGACCCAUCAUUGGUCUUACCCAGCUUGUGUUGCGUAACGCCUGUGGAUUUGUGGCUUAUAAACGACUCAAUUGGACUACCAACAUCUGUGGCUACGGCCUGGUCUUCGGUGGAUGUGCCGUCCUUAUAAGUGCCUUCUAUGGCCAGGACUUGAUCUGGUUUCAGUUUCUGUACGCCAUUUCUUAUGGAGUCGCUCCAGCUGUAUUUUCCACCCUGCGAGGACUUAUAUAUGUGAAAUAUCUGGGCCUAUCGAAACUGACAAAUGCCUUUGGGAUUACGGCUUUGUCAAUGGGGCUCGGCGCUUUUAUUGGCACUACGAUUGCCGGAGAAAUAGUAGGCAGUUCGGGAAACUAUACCGGUGCCUUUAUUUUUGCGGGGGUGUGCCUCGUAGCCUCCGGAAUUCUCAAACUACUCCUGCCUGCGUUGAUAAAGCUUCGCAACCGAAAGGCCCAUUGA